AAACCCCGGCAGAACCCAGAGAGCUGGCCUGGAGCUAGGGUCUCAGCUAGCUGGCCCAGUCCACGGCGGACCGCUGCCAACCCGGAUCCGUGAGCGAGCACCAUGAACCACGGGAAGAGAACCGACAUGCUCCCGGAGAUCGCCGCCGCCGUGGGCUUCCUCUCCAGCCUCCUGAGGACCCGAGGCUGCGUGAGUGAGCAGCGACUUAAGGUUUUCAGCGCGGCGCUCCAGGAGGCACUAACAGAGCACUACAGACACCACUGGUUUCCUGAAAAGCCAUCCAAGGGCUCUGGCUACCGCUGCAUCCGCAUCAACCACAAGAUGGACCCCAUCAUCAGCAAGGUGGCCAGCCAGAUUGGACUCAGCCAGCCCCAGCUACACCAGCUGCUGCCCAGUGAGCUGACCCUGUGGGUGGACCCCUACGAGGUGUCCUACCGCAUAGGAGAGGAUGGCUCCAUCUGUGUCCUGUAUGAGGAGGCUCCAGUGGCUGCCUCCUGUGGGCUCCUCACCUGUAAGAACCAAAUCAUGCUGGGCAGGAGCAGCCCCUCGAAGAACUACGUGAUGGCAGUCUCCAGCUAGACCCCCACUCCCUGACCCUGUAUUCUACUGUACUCAUUGAGCUGUGACAACAGGCCACUGCAUACCUCAACCUGGGGAACUAUUUUUAAAUGAAGAGCUAUUUAUAUAUAUAUAUAUAUUAUUUUUUUUUAAGAAAAGAGGAAGAAAAAAAACCAAAAGUUUUUUAUAUGAAAAAAAAAAUCCUUAAAGGGAGCUGCUAGGAAGUGGCCUCCCCAGGUGCCUUUGGAGAGAACUGUUGUGCACAGGAAUCUGUGAGCCAGUGUCUGCCUAUGGGAGGGGAGUGGCCAAGCCAGGGUGUCCAGAGAAGGUUGGCCAGUACCCCAGGUGAGGUUAGCAACUGUGAAUAAGAGGGGUCAGGAUCUGGCCUGGGUGUGGGAGAGUUCAGACUCUCUCCAACCAGGACUUGAGUUUGCCUGGCUCCUUCUUACUCAGGGGCAUUUCGCCUGAACUUCAAUAACAUUGUUGCCUAGUCUUUUCUUAUUUUUCUGAUGAGAUUGGGCAGAGUGAAAAGGCCUCUUCUUAUUCCUUCUGUCCAGAACAACCUUUCUUGAAAUCAAGAUUCAGUUUCUAAUUCUACCCUCAGGGGCCUGUAGAGCUUGCUUCUCAGCUAGGAUUCUAAAGCUUAUGGGGCAAAGAGGGUGUUGACACAGGGGUUGGAGAUCUUUGGUGUUAGGGUAGAAGAGAAUUUGGUGUGCAAAACCUUCAUUUUGCUGCAUGCUGCUUUGUGUGUAUGUGUGGCGAAUAAUUUGGGGAUGAUUUGCAAUGAAAUUUUGGGAUCCAAAGAGUGUCCACUGGGGAUGUUUUUUGGCCAACAUGCUUCUUUUUUGGAGCCACAUGAAAGUCCGAGUGCUGCUGCUAUUCCUUUGAGAGGUGUCUCAAAAACUAUAAGGAACUCCAGGUCUUUUAUUACUGCCUUCUUUGCUAAAGCACAAUAUUCCUUUCCCUCCCCUCUGGUUGAGUCUUGGAACUACCCAGUUUUCUAAGACAAGAGUUCUUAAUCACUGUGCAAUAAAUUCCCAAGGUCCCUGGAGACUCUGGAGAACUGGCUCCCAGCACCUGCUAGUGAUCCUGUGUUAGAGACCCGUUUCACCUGCCCUCCAUAGAGACUGUAGCCAGGCGAUGUGGGUCUGACCUUGCAGGUCUUCCUGGGCUGAAGGGGAAAGAGUGCCUGUGCUCAGCAGGACUACCUGGUAUUCUUGUGGGGCUGACACUAAAAGCCAAACCUCUGGCACUGUUUUUUCUCCCUGGUGCUUAGAGUACCUGUGGGAGAGCUUGAUGUCCUUCUCAGUAAAAUCCAAAUCUAUCUGUAGGCUUGUGCAAUAUUUACUGUCCCGGACUGGAGAAGAAUAGAAAGCUACACUGGGAAGAUAAUCCCUUUCAUUUUCUCAGUGACAUUGAUGAGGGGCCCUCAGACUGCCUGGAGUCUCCCAAAUGGAUCACCUUAAGAAAGGCAAAAGCUAAGAGCAUCUGGUCACCCUGGCUCCCCUCCUACUGUUCCCCCUUAGGGCUCCUCCCAACCUGCACUCCAAGUUCCCCUCCCCUACCUACCUAUUGCCAGUCCUAUCUGAAUGUCCUAAUACUCAGUUUUGACUCAAAGGUGCUACUUACCAAACACUCUCCCUUCCAACCCUUAGCUUUCUGCUGCCUUCUCUGACCCUGCUUCCAGUCUUUAUUGCUUUAAGGUUAACUGUAGACCCACAAUCCCAGGCGCUCUUUUCUGGCCUGUGGGUUGAAACAAAGCUGUGAAUCACUGCAGAUUGGGUUCCUGCCUCUCCAUGUGCAAACAUGUCCCUGCCUUCUUAGGAGCAGCCUCUCGUGGUCUCAUGCUUAAUCUUUUCUCUCUUUUUGUUGAUGUUCACUUUAAAAACAACAAACCCCCAGAGCCGGACUGUUGAGCAGGCCUGUCUCUAUUAAGUAAAAAUAAAUAAUAGUAUGUUUGUAAGCUAUUCUGAUGGAAAAGACAAAGGUUACUAAUUGUACCAUAGUGUUUUUAUAUGGAAGAUUGUACAGCUUUAUGGAUAAAUGUACUUUUUUUUGUUACUUUAAUAAAAAUGUAGCAGAUGAAGUCUGUGAUGGAGAGAAGGUAAAA